CGAUAGAGAGCUGCGUACGGAGCUGUUUUCCACCGCAUCUAGUUCCAGCCAAACGAAAGUGAAAACCCUCAACCACGCGUCGAGCCUCAGCCAGUCCGGCAUAUACAAUUUGUUUGAGACGCAGCUCGACGCAAAAGCAGACUGCACAAUGAAGCACCUGACGAUGGUGGCCGUCCUGGCGAUGCUGGUGGUGUUGGCUAGCGCUCAGAAGUAUACUGACAAGUUCGACAACAUCGAUGUCGAUCGAGUGCUAUCGAACGAUCGAAUUCUCAACAACUACCUCAAGUGUCUGCUGGACAAAGGACCCUGCACCCAGGAGGGCCGUGAAUUGAAGAAAACGCUCCCUGAUGCCCUGAAAACGAACUGCGAGAAAUGCAGCGAGAAGCAGCGAACGAGCUCGCGCAGGGUAAUCGCCCACCUGGAGGAACGUAAGCCGCAGGAAUGGAAGAAACUGCUCGACAAGUACGACCCGGAAGGCAUCUACAAGAGCAAAUUUGAGAAGCUCAACAAGCGCUCCUAGAAUGGGCGAUUGGUGCGUCCUUGCGCCCCAGUUUGGUCCUGGGGAACAUUGAAGCCAUGCUGCUGUUAUCGGUGGCGUGGUGCAGCUAGCGAUUCGGAAGGACUUGUGCAGAGAAUGUGAUAUAAUUGUGCGGGCAGAGAUGACAGCGUGAAGCGACACGAAGUAUCGUUCUAAAGGAAGGUGGCAUGUUUACGCAAAAAAAGUACUAAAUGGAAGCUUCCUUCAUGGUGGAAUGGCGAAAAUAUGAUUAUUUUGUAUUCAUGUGAGCGCGUUUCGUACUGGCUAUGCAUUUUCAAACAUUUAAACUUAUUUCGAGUGGCGUUGAAUUUCUCUCGAAAAACGAAAAGUCAGCAUGGAUAUAAUGGGACAGAAGAACGACAAAAUUGUGAAAGAGCCAUAAUUUAUUUGAUUUUCUACAGCAGAAUUGAAAAUAAAACCCUUAA